AUGUCUGUGAAGGUGGUUCGUUCGGAUUGCUUCGUGAACACGAAUUGCAAUCAUUGUGGUGGUAAUGCUGUGAAAAUCCGUCAAAGAGGAAAGUCUCGAAACGGCCACGAGCUGGCACCACUGAACGCCCGCAACAAUAGAACCGCAGGUCCUGGUGUCACUAUUGUUGUGAGUCCAUCGCCACAGGGAGGCGGAUCUCACAGGAACAGCAUCGUGACGGGAGCUGUCGACGCCACUGAAGAUCGUGCGGCCUGGAGCAAUAAGAUGCAAUUCUUCCUGAGUAUCAUAGGAUAUUCAGUAGGACUCGGGAAUAUUUGGAGGUUCCCUUAUCUCUGUCAACAAAAUGGGGGCGGUGCGUUCCUGAUUCCCUUUGCUGUGAUGCUCAUCCUUGAAGGAAUCCCGCUGUUCUUAAUCGAGCUGGGCAUGGGACAGAAAAUGCGACUGGGCUCCCUGGGGGUCUGGAACACAAUCCAUCCAUGGCUUGGAGGCAUCGGAAUCGCCAGUUGCAUUGUCACCUUCUUUGUUGCGCUGUACUACAACGUCAUCAUCACUUGGUGCUUCUACUACCUUUUCAACUCAGUACAGAGUCCGUUACCGUGGUCAUAUUGCCCAGAAGUAAAUGGAACAAUUGUUGCUGAAUGUGCAAAGUCAUCAGAGACUGCGUAUUUCUGGUAUCGUACAACGCUGGAUGCAGCACCAAAUAUUGAUGACAAUGGUGGUCUCAAGUGGUGGAUUGUCAUCUUACUGCUCUUCGCCUGGAUAAUCGUCUUCUUCAUUGUAAUGAAGGGCAUCCAGUCCUCUGGAAAGGUUGUGUAUUUCACUUCAAUGUUUCCCUACGUUGUGCUCACCAUUUUCUUCAUUAAAGGGUUAACUUUGAAAGGGGCCAGUGCUGGGCUUAUUCACAUGUAUACACCAAAAGUAGAAAAGUUAUUGCAACCUACAGUGUGGCUGGAUGCAGCCACCCAGGUCUUCUAUUCAUUUGGAUUAGCAUUUGGCUCUUUGAUAGCAUUUGGCAGCUACAAUCCACCCAAGAACAACUGUGUCCGUGACGUGAUUCUUGUGUCAGUAGCAAAUGCUUUCACUGCUAUCUAUGCGAGUGUUGUCAUAUUUUCCAUCCUUGGUUUCAAGGCCAUGGCAAAUGUUGAUAAAUGUGUAAACAUGAACAAGGAAAUAUUGGUUCAUUUAGGCAUGCUCAGUGACAUGAAUGCAACAACAGAACAGUAUGAGGCUGCAUAUAAGAAUGUCUCCAAUGCCACAUUUCACUCUUCUGGUAUGGAAGUGUGCAGUUUGGAGGAGCAGCUGGAUCAGGCUGCGGAAGGGACAGGCCUGGCAUUCAUUGUAUUUACUCAGGCCAUUGUGGAGCUGCCAGGAGCCCCAUUCUGGGCUGUUAUAUUUUUCCUCAUGUUGUUGGCACUGGGCCUGGGCUCACAGAUCGGUAUUCUGGAGGGCAUGCUCUGCACGAUCUUCGAUAUCGACAUCUUCAAGAGGAUUCCCAAACAAUAUGUGACAGGUGUUGUGUGUGUCACAUGUUUCUUCGUGGGGCUCAUAUUCUGCACAGGUGCAGGGGAAUACUGGCUUAGACUGUUUGAUUCUUUUGCCGGCACAAUUGGGCUUGUGUUGGUGGCGUUGUUGGAAACACUUGCAGUCAUGUAUGUCUAUGGUCACAAGAAAUUCACACAAGAUAUAGAAGACAUGACAGGUUAUCGGCCUGGAUUAUACUGGCAAAUCACAUGGAGGUUUCUUGGCCCUCUGCUCAUGACAGUUAUUCUCAUAUCUUCACUGUUAUUCAUGGUCAUCAACAAGCCAGAGUAUCAUGCUUGGAAUGCAGAUGAAGGUAAAACUGUCAAGGAACCAUAUCCUGACUGGGUGAUGGUGAUUGCUGGACUGAUGAUCACCGUGGGUGUUUUGCCGAUGCCUGUCGUCUUUAUACUGCGUCGUUGCCAGUGCCUCAAACUUGACCUUGACAUCCACCAGGGCGCCAUCCGACGUAUUGACACGACUGUAUCCACUAAGGAAAUGAUGGGAGAUGUAGAUUUGGAUGAAUACCAUGAUCUGCCUCAGGAUGGAUCUGAUGACUUCAAUGAUGAGGACGAUGAAGACGAUGAUCCGCCUGCACCUGUACCCACAAAAAAGCUGGGUGGAAAGAGCUUUCAUAUGCAGGUUAUGGAUGACUGAAUAAAAUAAUAAAUAUUACAAAUUCUGGAAAUAAUCUCUUUUGGGAAAGUAUCUGGUCCAGUACAAAAGCAGCUGAUCAGUAAGGUGUCUUAGUGCACGUGCCUGGACAUGUAUAGCUGAUGUCACUUUCCUGAUUUAUGGUGUAUGCAGCUUAGUAUAAUGAAGUCAUAAUAAAAACAAAAUGACAGUGCACCAUCACCUUUACUAUGUACCAUAACCUAACAUGACUUUGAAAAUGCUCCGGUUACUUUAAACAUUACUGUAUCAUAUUUAAAGGCAAUGUAUUUUUGCCUGUGCUCACUGUAAUAGAGGCUAAAUAUACAGGGUAUCAGAGCUUAAUGCAAUAUGUAUCAUCACCAGCUGGAGAGUGACUUGUGCUAUUCAUGCUUUCAAGCCCCCGGAGAAGUGUGAGACACAAAGAACAGAGGCUGCAAUUUCUGGAUGUGGAGGAUGAUCCCUGGUGCACAAUCAUACAUGUGUAGGAUUUGAGUUUGUUGUGGCAUUGUGAGUACAGGUGAUGAUGUAGGUUGUUGCAUUGUGUAGUAUUUUCAUCGUGUACAAGCAUUUCAGAGGAACAUACUGCCUUCAUUGUCAGGGUGAAUAUGGAAGAGAUAUGUUUCUCUAGCACAACAACCCAGAGGACCACUGUUUGUAAUCGUGCGCAUAUUGUAGUGCAGUGGAUUUAGGCCUGCGUGACAGCUUUGCGAGACAUUGCCCAUAUUAAUUAGAAAUGAGACACAUACUAUAGUAACUGUAGUAACAAAAAGUUAAUAGGAACUCUUACUAAUGACUGUUUCAAUUAUCUUGAAGUGAUGGAAUCGUAUUAUCAGUGAGUUAACAUACAAGACAUUGUUUAAGUCUGUCUGAUGUGAUCACUCUGCAGCUACCCAAAAUUCAUGUGUCUUCCUUCGCAAAGUUAUCAAAACUAAAAAUCGCUAGGACAGGAGCAGGUGUACAUUUAUUUAUAUACAGCCAUUUAUUCCGGUCGGAUGUGAAUCUGAAACGUGGCCCUGGCAUCAUCUUUCACAUCAAAAUAUAAAAUAAGACAGGUAAGCUCACAGUUUUAAAUAAUUUUAGUCCUUGGCGUUCAGUAUAGGGAGUUGGAAAGCAAAUGCCACGUGUGUGUACAUAUAGAAAAUAUUUUUUAUUGACAAAAUUGUGGAAAUUAAUUAGAAACAGAAAAUGCCAGUCUUCUGGGUUGUAGCACUAUGUAGCAUGGUAGAAGCUUACCAUUAUUUCACAGGUCCUUACUGCCUCCAUCAGUGAUCAUUACCCUGGUGAUGAAGCACUAAGGACCUCUGAAACAUUGGUAAACUACCAGACUACAUGGUGAUACAACCCAAAAGACAAGUCAUCUUUGCAUUCACCAUUGUGAGAACCUCAAAUCCUAUUCACAUUAGGAUGAAAUAAAUUUUAUAGCAGGUGGGGUAUGACGCAAACCACUUAUUUACCUUCAUGCCAUCUAUGCUUCUGCAUACCAAACCUUCAUGCUCCCUGUAUGCCUGAAUGGCAUAGUUUAUAAGGGCAACUGUACCUUUCCUUUGAGGUAGUUGUUCCUCUGUUGCACCAGAUGUAGGAAUCUAUUUUACCAAGAUGUUAAUAGAUUAUUUUGAAUAAGUUCCAGUUUACUGAGUAAUGGAAUGAUCAAACUGCAUUUGCAUUAUCAGUUGGAUACAAAGUAUAAGUGCUUGUAAAAUAUGAUACUCAUGUAGUUUAACCCAUCCUUUCCUUUUUAUAGGAGUAAUUCUGUUUCAUGAUCACAAUGUAAAGUAUUACACUUUAAAGCAACUAUACCAAUUACUAAAGACAAGUGUAUUGGGCAGAAUUGACACAGAAGUGAUAUUUCUUUUAUAGGAGAUAAAGAGAACUUUCAUUCGUUGUUGUUUUAUAGGAAGAGAAAGAAGCAGAGUACAGUAUCUUCCAAGUCAUGAUAACCAUAACAUGACUGCUCAUAACAUGACUUAAUUUGUUUUUAGUAUGUUAUUAAAGUUUGCAACAUAAUGCAGAAGCAAAUUGUUAGGUCAAGAUUUCCUGGCAUGUUUCCCAUCACUGCUCCAGACGAAAUGUAGAAAGGAAACAGAGAUGAGUGUUUCUGUGUGUUUUUCUUCUUCUUCUUCUUAAAAAAACACCUUAAUACAUUUAGAUUAUUUGUGAUAGUAUGCUGUACAAACCAAAUAAAUUUUGUGAAACAAAAUCGGUUCAGAAGGUUAUAUGGAGGCUUGGAAUGCAGUCAUAUGAGACUAACAUUGUUAAGACUAUAAAGGACUUCAAAAUUUAUACUUUAAUGAUUAAAGCAAACUAAAAAUAAAAUAGUGACAUUCAAAAAGGCUUCUGUCUUAAUUCUUUGAUGGAAGGGCAGUUGAACUGCAUGAUUUCUAUAAGUAUUUUAAGAACGGAUGGGUACAUGCAGUCUUGAAUGUUUAGCACAUUUAAAAGAAACAUGUAGAUUUCAACAUAACAGAUAUCUUAAUUUUGAAAACUGUGAUCCCUGGAAUUUAUGUAAAAGUUUCUAUGAAAAAGUGACUAGUUUAUUAGUUUAUUUUCUUGUGUCUUAUGGUUAUCUUGUCUUGGUAGUGCUACAAAUCAUUUGUUACUGUUCAGUUUCAACUUCUAUUCCGAACGGUGUAUAUGGCUAAUUUUUUUUUACAGACAGAUAGCGUGUAUUCCAGAAUCAUUUUGGUGUUUUCCAUCACACACACACACUGUUUGACUGUUAAUUUUUGUUACUAAUUGAAACACCCUCUUUACUGGAUAGCAUUAGCAUUUAGCAUAACAGUAUUUAUCUUUCUUCCUACUCACUGUGCCUACUUGCAAUUAAGUAAUACGAUUCAUGACUACAAGAACAUGAAAUCAAAUGCCUUAAAAUAUUUGGUAGCCAUUUUGUUUCCUAUUCAUUUUGUGGGGUUCAGAGACUAGAGCAGUUUCUGACAUCACAUUUGCUUUUGUCUGAUUGCAUAUACUUGUAAUUUUAUUUUACAUUGAAUUAUUAACUAAGUAGCGUGUCUUAACUUACAUGAACUGCCAACAUACUGUUAACUUUAAAAAGCACUUAGGUGCUUGUUUUUAAGAUUUGAAACUUAAUUUUGUAAGUAUUAUUAUAUUUUAAUGACAAUAGUAUUAUUGUAAAAGAAAAGUUAUCGUAAGAAUACUCUUGCUUUAGUGUUUUUGUGACGUUAGUUGUAGUUCACAUAGUCCUGUAUGUAAGCAUUACAUUGGACCCUUAACAUGGAUUGUGUGAGUUGAUAUUUGAAACUUUACUACUCAGGUCUUCCAACUUGUGACCAGUCUUUGCACUUGCACUCCAUAACCAUUAUCUGUAAUGACUGAGUACUAAAUUAAGGAAAAUAUUGUUGAUAUGA